GUUGCAAUCCCAAUCUUAGUGGGGAGUAUCGUCUCCAUGUUUGCUGCUGGUUUCAUUUUCCUAUGCUACCUGCUCCUGCCGCCCCAACGACAUUUCAGACACACAUUAAUCUUGAACCUUGCUGCAGCUGAUUUUAUCAACGCCACGAAUAACUCCAUUUCUGGCAUCUAUGCAAUUAUACACAAAUCAAUUCCAGCGGGUCCGGCCUGCACGUUUAACGGAUGGCUAGGCCAGUUGACAGUCCAGGCAACUGACUUCUCGAUCUUUUUCAUCACGAUUGCAACUGUGAUUACUCUUCGAAGAUGGAACUAUCAUCCUGAGGCACAACGCAAAACCAAGAUUCUCAUCUCAUGUUGGAUCUGGGCUGUGCCACUCAUGACCAGCACUACAGCUCUCGUGCUCAACAAAUACACACCAGUCAGCGGUAACUGGUGCUGGAUCAGCCCAGAACCCGCUUACCUUCGCUAUGUGUUGGGGCAUGGCUGGCGCUUGUCCAUAAUUCUAACUACAGUGGCUCUCUACCUCUACCUCUUUAUCUACAUCCACCGCCAUUUCUCAUCUCUGCGCGAAAUAUCAGCCUUGAACGUGUAUGAAGAUCACGUACUCUCUCAAACGCAGCAAUGGUCCGAGUCCGACAAGGACCAACAUCAUGACAAUAUCUACAUACACAAUGACUUCGAGGUUUAUGAAGAAUAUACUGACUUCGAUUGGGAAAUCGACGAACCUGAAACCCAAUACAAUAGUCCCCCACCUUCGCCAUUCAAAGUAAUCAAACAGACAAUUCAUCCCAAUGCCUCCACCCGAGCCGAGGAUACAGUCACCAGUCAGACAUCUCUCCUACUCAGUCGAGACCCUCUUGCAUUGGUCCCUCGGCCUCCUCAAAGUAACUUGACCACAACUGCUACAUCAACAAAUCCUCCACUAAGGGUUCUGAAGUCAAGAGAAGUGCACAUACAGAAACUGCUCCUAUUCAACGCAUAUCCGAUCGGAUACGUGCUGUUAUGGAUCCCAGGAAUCAUGAACCGAUUCGCAGAGCUCAGCGGAUAUAGCUCUAGGGCUUUGGCAAUUGCACAAGCAAGUACACAGUUUGUCGGACUAGCAAAUGCCUGUGAGUAU